CCGGUUUCAGGAGGAAGAAGCCGACUUCAUCUUCUUAAAUUGGGCAGUGGCCGACAAAGUCGGGACACGAUAUCAACCCACACGACUGGGUCGACCGCCGGUGCCAUAUCCCCCGACCCCGCCGUGGCUACAGCCCCGACUUCCUCGGCAAAUGCAUGUCUUACCCCAGAUUGUGUAUCGGUAGGCGCGUCUUCUGAAUGUCUCGGCAGCUCAAGCAAAGCCAACAGAAGCAACAACGCGCUCUCCUUCUCUUCCCUAGCAACGGUGCUGCUGGCUCUUGUCAAUGGACAGCGUCACAUUCCCCAUCGCGACAGCCGGCUUGCCCAACUGCUUCGCGGAGUGAUGGGCAGCCUCAAAUGCCGGACCUGCUUUGUAAUCCAUGUGUCACCAAGUCCCACGCACUACAAUGAAAGCCUACAGGUAGCUAGUCCAUAA